CGAAACCCUAGAGGUUCGAUCGGAGAAAACACGAUGCUCGAGCUCAGGCUAGUCCAGGGGUCGCUCCUCAAGAAGGUCCUGGAAGCGAUAAAGGACCUGGUCAACGAUGCGAACUUUGAUUGCUCGGCGACCGGGUUCUCCCUCCAGGCCAUGGACUCCAGCCACGUGGCUCUCGUUGCGCUGCUCCUCAGAUCGGAAGGCUUCGAGCACUACCGUUGCGACAGGAACAUGUCCAUGGGGAUGAACCUCAACAACAUGUCCAAGAUGCUCAAGUGCGCCGGCAAUGAUGACAUCAUCACCCUAAAAGCUGACGACGGCAGCGACACCGUCACGUUCAUGUUCGAAAGCCCCACCCAGGAUAAAAUCGCAGAUUUUGAGAUGAAACUGAUGGACAUUGACAGUGAACAUUUGGGAAUCCCAGAAGCGGAGUACCAUGCGAUUGUCAGGAUGCCUUCAGCUGAGUUUGCUAGGAUCUGCAAGGAUCUAAGCAGCAUUGGCGACACUGUUGUGAUAUCUGUGACAAAAGAAGGUGUAAAGUUCUCCACGAGAGGUGAUAUAGGAACUGCAAAUAUCGUCUGCCGACAAAAUACCACAGUAGACAAGCCUGAAGAAGCAACCAUUAUCGAGAUGACUGAGCCAGUAACAUUGACGUUUGCACUGAGAUACAUGAACUCUUUCACAAAGGCAACCCCAUUAUCAAACACGGUGACCAUCAGUCUGUCUUCUGAACUUCCUGUUGUAGUCGAGUACAAGAUUGCAGAGAUGGGCUAUAUAAGAUUUUACUUGGCCCCCAAGAUAGAAGAAGAUGACGAAGAAGCUAAAUCUUAAGGUUUCAACUGAUUCCAAUCCCAGACUUAUAUGUUGGGAAGACUGUAUUUGAUAUGUUUGCCCUCUUGAGCUUGCAAAUUGUAGUUCCGGUGCCCCUAAACGUUAUCUUUUCCUCUUUUUUUUCUUUUCCAGUCAUUUUGUUGAGCUUGAUCAAUGAUUACUUCUUUGUGUACUACUGAAUGAGCAUUGACUUGUGCAACAUAGUUAUGUUUAGGAUCAA